CACUUUAAUCACCACCCUCCGUGCUUUCCUUUCAUUCUUUGCAUUCUUGCGUUUGCUUCAUCUUUUGAAGUUUUGAAGCUCUGUCUUCAUUUUCUCUCUUUUUUUUUUCAUUCUCAUUGUGGCAUUGUUGGCAUUGUCCCAAGUUUAAGGUUUUUGUAAGAAUUUUAAGAAGUUGGCCAUGGCCGGAAGUGCUCUGACCAGAGUCCAUAGCCUCCGUGAGCGCUUGGAUGAGACCCUCUCUGCUAACCGUAACGAAAUUGUCGCACUGCUUUCAAGGAUUGAAGGCAAGGGAAAAGGAAUUUUGCAACACCAUCAAUUGAUUGCUGAGGUAGAAGCAAUCCCUGAAGCUAACAGGAAGACACUUUUGGAUGGGCCCUUCGGUGAAGUUUUGAGAGCCGCUCAGGAAGCCAUUGUUCUGCCUCCAUGGGUUGCCAUGGCUGUUCGUCCAAGGCCUGGUGUUUGGGAAUACAUAAGAGUGAAUGUCCAUGCUCUUGUUGUUGAGGAGUUGCGUGUGCCCGAGUACUUGCACUUCAAAGAGGAACUCGUCGAUGGAAGUACCAAUGGGAACUUUGUGCUUGAGUUGGAUUUUGAACCCUUCACUGCAUCAUUUCCCCACCCCACUCUUUCAAAGUCCAUUGGAAAUGGCGUGGAGUUUCUUAACCGUCACCUUUCUGCAAAGCUCUUCCAUGACAAGGAGAGCAUGCACCCACUGCUUGAAUUUCUCAGAGUUCACUGCUACAAGGGCAAGACCAUGAUGCUGAAUGACAGAAUUCAUAACGUAGAUUCCCUCCAGUAUGUACUUAGGAAGGCAGAGGAGUAUCUGACUACACUUGCCCCUGAAACACCUUAUUCCACGUUUGAGCACAAGUUCCAGGAGAUUGGUUUGGAGAGAGGCUGGGGUGACACCGCUGAGCGCGUACUAGAAAUGAUCCAACUUCUUUUGGAUCUUCUUGAAGCUCCUGACCCGUGCACCCUUGAGACAUUUCUCGGCAAGAUCCCUAUGGUCUUUAACGUUGUAAUCAUGUCUCCCCAUGGUUAUUUCGCCCAGGAUAAUGUGUUGGGAUACCCUGACACUGGUGGCCAGGUUGUGUAUAUCUUGGAUCAAGUUCGGGCCUUGGAGAGUGAGAUGCUUAAGCGUAUCAAGCAUCAAGGCUUGGAUAUCACCCCCCGAAUCCUCAUUGUCACCCGACUCCUCCCUGAUGCAGUAGGAACCACAUGUGGUCAGCGUCUUGAGAAAGUAUUUGGGUGUGAGCAUGCAAAUAUUCUUCGAGUUCCUUUUAGAGAUGAGAAGGGAAUGGUCCGCAAAUGGAUCUCAAGAUUCGAAGUUUGGCCAUAUCUAGAGAAUUACACCGAGGAUGUUGCACAAGAACUUAACAAAGAGUUGCAAGGAAAGCCAGAUUUGAUCAUUGGAAAUUACAGUGAUGGAAACAUUGUUGCCUCAUUGUUGGCCCAUAAAUUUGGUGUUACACAGUGCACCAUUGCUCAUGCCCUUGAGAAGACAAAGUAUCCUGAAUCUGACAUUUACUGGAAAAAAUUUGAGGAGAAGUACCACUUCUCUUGCCAAUUUACUGCUGAUCUUAUUGCCAUGAAUCAUACCGAUUUCAUUAUCACCAGUACUUUCCAAGAAAUUGCUGGAAGCAAAGACACCGUUGGUCAAUAUGAGAGUCACACUUCUUUCACCCUUCCCGGACUUUAUCGUGUUGUUCAUGGGAUAAAUGUGUUUGAUCCUAAAUUCAACAUCGUCUCCCCUGGAGCAGAUAUGGAUAUUUACUUCCCCUACACUGAGGAAAAGAAAAGGUUGACAGCUUUCCACCCCGAAAUUGAAGAGCUCCUUUACUCCUCUGUGGAGAAUGAAGAACACUUGUGUGUAUUGAAAGACAAGAACAAGCCUAUAAUCUUUACAAUGGCAAGGCUAGAUCGUGUGAAGAACAUAACCGGACUUGUUGAGUGGUAUGGCAAGAAUAAACGUCUUAGGGAGUUGGUUAACCUUGUUGUUGUUGCUGGGGAUCGGCGAAAGGAGUCUAAGGACUUGGAAGAGCAAGCUGAGAUGAAGAAAAUGCAUGCUCUUAUUGAAACCUACAAGUUGAAUGGCCAGUUUAGAUGGAUUUCUUCCCAGAUGAACCGAGUGAGGAAUGGUGAACUCUAUCGGUAUAUUGCUGAUACAAAGGGAGCCUUUGUGCAGCCUGCCGUAUAUGAAGCUUUUGGGUUGACAGUUGUUGAGGCCAUGACUUGUGGAUUGCCAACAUUUGCUACUUGUAAUGGUGGCCCAGCUGAGAUUAUUGUACAUGGUAAAUCAGGCUUCCACAUUGAUCCUUAUCAUGGUGAACAAGCAGCCGAGCUCCUCGUUGGCUUCUUUGAGAAGUGUCAGAAAGACCCUUCUCACUGGGACCAAAUCUCUCAGGGAGGAUUGAAGCGGAUCUAUGAGAAGUACACAUGGCAGAUUUAUUCCGAGAGGUUGUUGACCCUUACUGGGGUUUAUGGCUUUUGGAAGCACGUGUCUAAUCUGGAUCGCCGUGAGAGCCGUCGUUAUCUUGAGAUGUUCUAUGCUCUCAAGUACCGUAAGCUGGCUGAGUCCGUCCCUCCUGCCGUCGAUAAUUGAAAUUGAAAUUUGAAGGGUAAAUAAAAAGAGGCAGCAUUGGGCUUGAACAAGUUGAGUUUUUUUCUGAAUUCUGAGGAAAUAAUGGCCAUGGUUUUCGAGAUAUGUGAUUAAAAAUAGGAUUAAGCUUUUUAUUUUUUUUUUGGUUCUUUUUUGCUUGAUGCUUGCUGGGAAUGUUUGAACUUGGUAUUAAGCCACAUCCAUUUUCCAUUCAAUUUAAAGUUGUGAUGUUUGAAUUUUC